UACGCUCGCUACUACUGAAGGAGGCUGAAUGCUUUACUUUCAGGUCUCAUUGGUUUAUGCAGAGAAAACCUUUGGAGUUCCAGUGUUUUAUUUUCAAGACAUAGCUACUGUAAAGCUGUUGUGCAUUGUCUUAUUUCGGCAUCACGCUUCGUUUUGAUACCUGUUCGGUAAAGAGCAAGAAGACACACGUUUAUAAUCAUCAUCCAAUGCUUGAAGUUGGCUGAACAUUGCAGCUAUUGCAUACUUUUGCGCGUUGCAGAAAGCCUGCCAGAGGAUACGGUAAACACAAUGGAAAAUACCAUAUUAAAUGAAAAAGCCUUGUGGUCUUUCAACGAAUCCUGGAGGAACUUAACCCUUGGCAAUGAAGCCACCAGAGGAAACCGGACGAAUCCCCUUAAACGGAAUGAAGAGGUGGCUAAAGUGGAGGUGACUGUACUUGCCCUGGUCCUGUUCCUGGCGUUGGCCGGAAAUCUGUGUGUCCUGGUGGCCAUCCACACCACCAAGCACUCUCAGUCCCGAAUGUACUACUUCAUGAAACACCUCAGCAUCGCGGAUCUGGUUGUGGCAAUAUUUCAGGUCCUGCCACAACUAAUCUGGGACAUUACUUUCCGUUUCUAUGGACCCGAUAUCUUGUGCAGGUUGGUGAAAUACUUUCAGAUCGUCGGAAUGUUCGCUUCCACGUAUAUGCUUGUUUUGAUGUCCAUAGACAGGUGCUUGGCGAUAUGUCAGCCGCUUCGGUCUCUGCACAAAAGAAAAGACCGGGUCUAUGUGAUUAUCUCCUGGGUCCUUAGUCUGUUGUUCAGCAGCCCACAGGUGUACAUAUUUUCUCUGAAGGACGUUGGAGCUGGAGUGUAUGAUUGUUGGGGAGACUUCGUGGAGCCCUGGGGUGCCAAAGCGUAUAUAACUUGGAUUAGCCUCACCAUCUACAUUAUACCCGUGGCCAUAUUGAGCCUUUGUUAUGGACUAAUAAGCUUUAAGAUAUGGAAAAACUUUAGAAUGAAAACCAAGAGAGACCAGUGCAUAAACCUCACCCCAAAGACAUCGAAAGGCCAUACGCUCGCACGCGUAAGCAGUGUAAAGCUAAUCUCCAAAGCGAAGAUUACCACCGUUAAAAUGACAUUUGUCAUAGUUCUAGCUUAUAUCGUUUGCUGGACACCUUUUUUCACCGUGCAGAUGUGGACGGCUUGGGAUCCAAUGGCGCCCCGUGAAGCCAUGCCCUUCAUCAUCUCCAUGCUGCUGGCCAGUCUGAACAGCUGCUGUAACCCUUGGAUCUACAUGUGCUUUGCAGGCCACCUGUUCUCAGACCUGAGGCAGAACUUCCUAUGCUGCUCGGCUCGCUACCUCAAGUCCUCCCAGUGCCACUGCGAGCGUGACCCUGAUUCUAGUCGUAAGAGCAACUCCUCCACUUACGUCGUUAAAAGCACCAGCAGCCAGAGGAGCAUCACACAGAACACCACAUGAGAUGCUUCACCCCAAACUCAGUCAUAACCAUCUCCUACUUUUGUCCAGCUCCGGAGGAGACUUACUUAAACUAUUGCACUGCUUUUUAUAUAUUAUACUUGUUUAUAAAAUAUUUUGGUCAAGAAAAAUAUGAAUGAUUGUUAUAGGGAUUAAACAGUUAUAUACUGUAUGGAGACAUUUUGUUGAAUGGCUUCUCUCACCGCCAAAUGUCCUGUCGCAGUUCACAGUCGAACAUUGCUUAUCUUUGUUCUCAGACUUAUUUAUACAUUUGGUCUGGGACGAACAGGAGGUGGUGAAGGGAAAAUUAUUGUCUUUCAUUCCCAACCUAAAAGACCAAAUUAUAAUUUUUCACUCCUCACAAUGUACUGGUGAAUAGGCCUCCCAUUAUGGUUUGGCUUGUGAAUUCGGACCAAAACAGAGGAACUUGUUUUAUUAAUAAAUUGUUUCAUCCAGAAGCUACUCUCCUGUUAUAUUGUUUUACACAUGUUGACAUAGAAUAUUUCAUGAGACAUGUUGCCCAUGUCUGCAGCAUUGCACCAUGCAUUCGGUCACAUAAAGUAUGUUUAAUCUAUAAAACAGUUUGUAAAAUUUCACAAGCAACUAUAGCCAGUUUGUUUUCUUCCCUCUAGGGAGAAAACAAAAAUACAAAUGUGUUUCUGAUUCUGGAUUUUGGGAAAAAACAGUUUUAGUUAAUUAUGGUGAAUAUACUUUGUGGCCUGGUGUCUUCUUAUUCUGAAAUAUACAUUUCAAACACUCAGAACACUCAGUUUUUUCUAUUAAUCCUGCUUUUAUCUGUCGGGAUGAAUCAAUGCAUUUAUUUAAUAUACUUGAAACACUGUUCCUGGUACACAUCACAAAUGGCAGUAUUAAAAGAAAGGCUUUUUCUACAGUUUUCUAAUUUGGAUUCUCCAUUUAUUGUAGAAGUCUUGGUUUUCAACUUGUCCUUAAAUCUACUGAAUGUUUCUUUGCCUUAUUUACAUUUGGUGUUGUAUUUUG